AUGCUCCCCCUUCAGUUCCCCGGAAGAGCUCUCCUGGUCGUGCUGGGGAGUUUCGUGCUGGCCGUACGAUCCUUCGUACCGGCUACCCCAACGAAUGCCACCCAAGACUGGAACACUACGCUACAAGGGCUGUUGGACGUAUUCUGGUACCCUGAUGGAAGCCCGGACCCUGUGACGCUGCAGUCUGUCGCCGUGGCUAACGUUGAUUCCAUUUGGGCCACUGGUCCGAUAAUGCAUUUCUCCGAGGACGAUGGACUGAACGUUACCGCCUCAUCUUUCAAUUUCGCACCUUGGAUUGCUCUUGUCGCGUGCGACUCUAACUCCACCAAGUCUUCUGAGUCUCAGACGGAUAUUGUGGUUCGCGCCAAAGGACUUAACGCGCAGGCGGCGAUAUUGUACUCAAACCACUCAGAGACCUGUGUCCUCUUACCGGGGUACACGAGGUGGAGCUCCGGGAUUCCUGUUUAUGUCAUAACAUCAGACGACGCUCGGACCUUAGACGGCUUCUUCAAGAAUAUCAACGCAACCCGCUAUGGAUCGUUUGACAGUAAGACCCUGGAUUCGGAAUCCUCGAACAUCUUCAAUUGGGAAAACAGUGACCCGAGACCCGAUCCUGGUUACCUGAUGGUUACCAUUAUCAACAAUUCUUCACUAUUUGGGGGCAAUGGUACCGAUCGUACCAACGAGACAGUUGCCAUUAGCGCGCCUCCAUCCUCCUUCCUCCUUGCUUACCUAGUGCUAGGUCUAGGCAUACUUGGAGCGUUCUUGUGA